CAAUAUUAAUACAAACUAUAUAUAAUUUGGCAACCCAAAGAGAGAAUGGAGAGGUUGCACCAACUCCACUAUAUAAAAUUUCACAAUCCUUCACUAUAAGAAGUCUCGCCUAUCGCCGGCGAAUGAUCCCAAUAAUCCUUUAAGCUAAGGAUGGGAUGGGCAAUUGCUCUUCACGGCGGAGCCGGCGACAUUCCCCUCUCAUUACCAUCCGACCGCCGCCAACCGCGAGAGGAAACCCUCCGCCGUUGCCUGCAAAUCGGCGUUCAAGCUCUCAAAUCUCAGAAGCCUCCUUUGGAUGUUGUUGAACUUGUGGUACGAGAACUCGAAAAUUGUCCACAUUUCAAUGCAGGUAGGGGGUCUGUCUUAACAACCAAGGCAACCGUAGAAAUGGAAGCUAGCAUCAUGGACAGUACGAAGCGAUGUGGAGCUGUUUCGGGUCUCACCACUGUCGUUAAUCCCAUAUCUUUAGCUAGACUUGUUAUGGAGAAAACUCCUCAUAUAUAUCUAGCAUUUGAUGGAGCUGAAGCUUUUGCAAGGGAACAGGGAGUGGAGACCAUUGAUUCAAGCUACUUUAUCACACCACAGAACAUUGAAAGGCUACAACAAGCUAAAGAGGCAAACCGAGUGCAGAUUGAUUAUACGCAACCACUUCCACAAGCCACAGAACAAGAAACUGAGAAUCCAAGUGGUGAUAGCCAAAUAGGAACUGUUGGAUGUGUGGCUGUUGAUAACCAUGGAAAUUUAGCUUCUGCAACUUCCACUGGUGGAUUAGUGAACAAAAUGGUUGGUAGGAUUGGUGACACUCCGUUAAUAGGAGCUGGCACAUAUGCUAACCAUCUCUGUGCAAUUUCUGCAACCGGAAAGGGUGAAUCCAUCAUACGCAGUACCGUGGCGAGGGAUGUGGCAGCUCUAAUGGAGUUCAAGGGCCUGUCUCUAGAAGAAGCAGCUGCCUCUGUUGUUGAAAGUGUUCCUAAAGGCAAUGUCGGUUUGAUCGCCGUAUCUGCCUCUGGCGAAGUUGCGAUGCCUUUGACUACGACUGGAAUGUUUCGAGCUUGUGCAACUGAAGAUGGUUAUUCAGAGAUUUCCAUAUGGUCUUCUAAACAUGAUUGAAUGAAAACUGUUGUGAGAAAGUCAUAGCUGAGAUUUGGUUAUAUUUUCUGUUAUGGUUUGGUGUCUCUCAGCAUAUGUAAGAAUAUUCUUCCAAAAUGAUCUUCCAUUUCAUGUCUUCGGUUGUUUUCAGUGGGAAGUCGUUCUCAAUUAUGUUCAAUAAGGUUGUUCUGUAAUAUACUAAUAAGUUUAGUGUUUUGAAAGUAUUUGUAAUGUAGAGCUUAAAAAA